AUGUCAUCAGCAAGUAUAAUGCACAUCAUCAUCGGCCUUGGUUCCUUGCCUGGCGGUACCAGCAGUCUCGAUAUCGGCGAAGCCUUUGGCCGUAAUAGCUGGCUCUACAACGCUACGAACCUUGCUUACAGUCUCAAGGCAGUUGAUCAAGUCCUCAACUUUGUCAAGUCAAGUGGACAACCUAAUGCGUUUACCAUCACGCCCCUCAACGAAGCCACUAACUGGGUCAUCACCUAUAUGAACGGCGUGUUAAAACGUGAUGAGGCUGUCGAUAAGCGUAUGUCUCUUACUCUAAUGCUCACGUCGACGGUCAAGGAACUCAGAAAGAUUACUGGAGUUACAUCGAUCUGA